AAUAAUUUCUCAAAGAACCCCACAAUGUUUUUUGGUCAUUGGCUAGUCAAAAUCACCUUCCACAACCCAACAAAAACCCAUCUCCCUUCUCCCAAAACCAAACAAAUUCCUCCAAAAUAAACAUAAAACACAAUCUCAUUUGAAAGCUUCACUUCAUUACUUCAUCACACUUCACUCCUCACUUCUCUCUCUACUUUCUCCCUCUUCUCUCCGACUUGCGAGCCGAGCGAUUCAUGCUACCAAGAGCUUCACAACUCGCCGGCGCCGCCGCCUCACGGUGGUUCUCCACCAUCUACGCGGCGGCGCCGGCGGAAGCAGAGGAAAUGUUCAAUGAAGCUUGGAUGAAAGUUGUGCCCAACUUUGACCCACCAAAAACUCCUCUUUCUUUUAUCCAACCUUCUCCUCCAAUACCCACUUCAAUUCCUUCCAAACUCACCCUUAAUUUUCAUCUUCCUUACUCUUCCCACCUUUCCAACAAACAGGUUGAUAUGGUCAUAGUGCCAGCCAUAACUGGGCAGAUGGGUGUUCUUCCAGGACACACAGCAACCAUGACAGAGCUGAAGCCUGGCAUUAUCUCUCUUCAGGAAGGCAACGAAAUAACAAAGUAUUUUGUCUGUGGUGGCUUUGCCUUUAUCCAUCCAAACUCAGUUGCAGACAUUAUCACAGUUGAGGCUGUUCCUUUAGAUAAUAUUGAUCCUAACAUGGUCCAAAAGGGGCUUGCCGAAUUCUCACAGAAGUUAAAUUCAGCCGCUACUGAUUAUGAGAAAAUUGAAGCACAAAUUGGAGUAGAUGUCCACAAUGCGCUACAGUCUGCUCUUAUGGGGUAAAACUGCAGCAAUAUUAGUAAUUGAGUAUGAUAUUUUCCUGGGAAGUUUGCCUGUUAGUCUUCCUCGACGUAGUGUAGUGUACUAGUGGAUAUGCAACUCUUUCUCUCUUUGGCCAAAAGCUAGAACGAUAGUGUAAUUUUCUUGUAUUUUUAUCAUGUACUAUGUGGCAAUGAAAUGGUCAAAGAAGGUAGAUUUUAUUGUGUA